UUAUAGAAGACCCGUAUAUAGAGAGAGAGAGAGCGAUAGUGAAAGAUAAAAAGAAGAAGAAAAACGUUGGGCUUAUUAUACAAGGCAAGAAGGAAACAUAGAGAGGAAGAAGAAGUGGCUGCGUUGUUUGUGUAACAUUUUGGAUAUGAAAAAAGUGGGUUCUUUUGCCUUCUCCAUGUGGAUUUUGGGUUUUUUCUCUGUUUUUUUUGGAGGAAAUGAGAAAUAGCCAAGUUUAAGACUGUCAAGAAGCUUUAUGGUUUGGAAACAGAGCAUUAAUACACUUGCUGAGGAAUGUGUUCAGUUCAUUGUGGAUAAUGAUUACCACUGAAACUUAACAUUGCUUUUGUAGAUGACUAGAGUAGCGAAAGAAGGUUGUCCGAGCUCUGCAAAUGAAGCAAACGGUAUAGUUAGCUCAAAAAUGGGAUCAUCUAGCUCUGGAAGACAAUUUGAUGGAAACUUCUUGAGUGGUAAAUUUAAAAGCACAGAAGAGUCCAAGGCAUGCAACAUUUGUGCCAUCUCAGACUCAUCUAGUAUGGAUAGUAAACAAGUGGCAUCACUAGUGGGAAUAAAGGUUGAUGAGUUGUCAAAUGAAGCCUUUAAAAGAAUGGUAGAUGUUCGGCGCCCUUUCAUUGAUGCAGAUCUGUUAUCUCCUUCCUUGAGUAGUACUGGUAGACAUUGUUCAAGCAGCGAGACAAGUAACCUUCUAAGUGCAUGUUCUAGUCAUGAUUCAUUGUCUGAAAAUUCAGAAAGUAAAGCUACAUUGAGGGCAUCUGGUAAUUUUGAAGAUCGUGGUGUGCAUGCAACAGCAGAUAUUCAUCAAAUAAAUAGAGAAAUUGGUGGUGUUUCAAGAUCGCCAUUAAAGUUAGAGAGCCUAGGAGAUAACAUCUCAUCAAUCAGUGGAUCAGAUUACAACAAUCUGAUGGUUGGAAGUCAUGAUGAUGAUGCCAACAUGAAAAAGAUAUCAUGUGGUUUGGCUUCAGUUAAUACAUUUGCUGCAACUGGAAAGACUUUUAAUACUCAGUCUGCGCACUCUGGUCUCGCUGGUAAUCAUUUUGAUGAAGUGAGCAACAAUUGUCCGAGGAGGCCAGUCAACUUUAUCAAAGAUUCUUCUCUGGAAAAAGAGAUUUAUACAAACAAAUCGAAUGAAUCGGAAAUUUCCUCAUUGACAAAUGCCUAUCCUAACUCUUCUUCACAACAGACAUGUCCUGAGUUGUCUGAAGAACAAGUGGAAUCAUCAGUCAUUAAAACAUUAACCGUUGGCGUUCGUCAGAGACAUGUUGUGCAUAACCUUGGUGAGCCUGCAUUAACUCUUCCCGAAAUGGAUCAUGUAGACCCAGAGAUUGAAGCAUUAAAAUGUUCAGAUCAAAAGAGCUGUCAUAAGAAGUCUGAUGUGAUGGUUUUGGAAAAGGAUGCUUGUUUGGUAUCUAACCCUGUCAACUGUAACGAUGGUUCAGAUAAUUUGGAGGACGUGAACGUCUGUGAUAUCUGUGGAGAUGCAGGGCGGGAGGACUUGCUUGCUAUAUGUAGCACAUGCGUUGAUGGGGCAGAACACACUUACUGUAUGCGUGAGAAGCUGGACAAAGUGCCUGAGGGCAACUGGAUGUGUGAAGAAUGCGUGCUCAAAGAAAAAUCUAAAAAAGAAAAGCAAAGUAAGUUUGUAAAGACAGAUAGAUCCACAGAAGGAUCCGUGUUAAAUGAAUUAAGGAAGGACUCUGGAAAUUCUGGUACUAUGAGUUUUAAGAAUAAUUUGAAAGCAAAUAUUAUAGUGCCAGGAGUUGAGGAAAGCAGAAAAAAGGUAGUUGGUUCUACUUCUUGCUUCUCUGUUAAGAGAUCUGCUGGCAGUUUAGAAGUCAUGUCUGUGACACAAAGAAGGGCUCUUCAAACAAGUGUGAAAUCACCUACGGUUUCUAGACUCUGCAGCAAAAGUGUACUGUGUAAUGAUACUUCAUACGAAAACUUAAAUAAGGAAAAUAUAAGGGCAACUCACGAUGUAACUUCUGGUGACCAAUCUUUUGGACGUAGUGCAGAAUCUCCCAGUGCUUCAGCUGAUAAAUCAACCAAAUUUCAACCUCAAUCUCAGAUGAUGCAAGGUUCUCUAAUCAAGUCGAAAUCAUUUGAUAUUACUCGGACAAAGACAAAAGGCAAAAUUUUUGACGUUAGCCAUGUCCAAAAGCAAAAAAUUUGUAAGGAUGCUUCUAUUGGAGACCACAUGAAGAAAGGAGCUACCAGAACAAUGCAUAAAUCUAUGUCAUUUAACAAUACGAGGGCAGACCGCUCGAGUAACACUGAUUCACCAGUUAAAAUGCAAUUUCAUUUUGAGGAUUUAAAGAAAUCAAAGCAUGCAAGCGAAGAGAGCACCACUGAGAUGAAGUUUAGAUCCAAGUUAGGCAAACUUUGUGAUGGUAGCCAUGUACAAAAGAAAAAAAUUUGUGAGGAUGCUGCUACCGGUAACCACAUGAAGAAAGGAGCUGCCAGAACAAUGUGUAAAUCUAUGUCAUUUAACAGUACGAGGACAGACCACUGGAAGAGUACUGAUUCAACCGUUAAAAUGCAGUUUCAUUUUGACAAUUUGAAGAAAUCAAAGCAUGCAAGUGAAGAGAACACAACUGAAAUGAAGUACAGAUCCAAGUUAGGUAACCCUUUGAUGAGUUCACCGAUGGCUAGUUCUGUUGGUGUUGCAGUGAAGAGUGAGAAAAAAGAUUCAUCUAGUGGAAGAACCAAGUCGGUGCAUCUUUCUGGAUCCAAUUGUCAGGACUUAAAGGAUGAUAGUAAACAAGUAGACCAUGCUCAAAAAAGCUCAAAAUGUCUAAGUACUGAAGAUAAGAACGCUGUUAAUGAUGUGGGACAGCAUGUUGACCUUUCCACAGAAGCAGCACAUGCUAUCAGAAAAAGUAAUUCCAAUACUAGCAGAGAAUGUGAUUUAAACAUUAAAGGAGAGGAAAACUCAAAUGCUACUUUUCCUUGUGAUGGAUUCCAUUAUUUAAAAAGCUCUGCAACCAUCUCUUGUCCAGUUUCUGCUUUUCCACAUCUUGAUUACAUAUGGAAAGGUGGAUUUGAAAUUUGGAGAAAUGGAAGUUCUUCAGGUUCUUGCCAUGGUAUUCAAGCACACAUUUCAACCUUUGCUUCACCAAGAGUUCACGGAGUAGUGCGCAGGAUUCCUCAGAAAAUUGUGGUGGAGGAAGUAUCUCAGUCAAGCACAUGGCCAACACGGUUCCCAAAAGAUUAUGCCACAGAAGAUAAUAUUGCUCUCUAUUUUUUCGCAGAGGAUAUUGACAGCUACAGAAGAAACUACAAGAUCUUGUUGGAAUUCUUAAUCAGCAAUGACUUGGCUCUCAAAGCAAAUUUGGAUGGAGUUGAACUGUUCAUAUUCCCAUCGAACUUGCUUCCUGAGAAAUUACAGCGAUGGAAUUCAUUGUUGUUUCUUUGGGGUGUGUUUAAGGGACGGUGGGAUGGCUAUUCUGAAGACCCGAAGUCAUCUGGAGACUUGCCACAAAUUGUUUCUGCCCUGAAAAGAGAGAGAGAGAAGCAAAAGCAGGAAAUGGACAGCAAAACUGAUCUUCAACAUGGGAAAGAAAAUAGUACAAACAGCAUGAGUGUAGAGGGAGAGACUGAAAGCAAGAGGGCCAAAAAAUGUUUGAGUGGGACAUGCGAGAGGAACAGUUGUGAAUCCACUAUUCAUACCAACGAUGAAUUUCCAUUUCAGAUAAAUGGCCUUGAUUCUAAAUUUGCUAGUGAAUACCUUGGUUGCGGUGCAGCAAACGACGCGUUUAUUUCUACAAAGACACAGGCGCAAGCGCAUAUUAUAAAUGAUGGUGUUCAAUCAGAACCAGUCGAAAAACAAGUACUUACUGCAGAUCAUGGGGAUCUUUCAGAGCCUGUUCCAAAUCUGGAGCUUUCAUUAGGACCUGCAAGAACAUCAAUGAAACAGGAACUUAUGCCUUUAUUUCCAAUUGUUACGAAGGAAAAUCAUGAAAGCAAGUCCAGGCUAGUGACAGACAACAAUAAUGGCUAUGGUGACGAGUUCUCAACAUCUCUUUCUCUUUCUCUGUCUCUCACAUUACCAUCAUUUGACAAAGAACCAGAUGGAAACAAUCGUUAGCCGUGAAAUGUUCUUUCAGCCUCUUUUUCUGGUGGCUUUGCCAACUUAAAACUUAGAACAAAGCGUUGUAAAUAGUGGCCUAACACUUUAUGUUUUUCUAUACAAAAUUUUAAUGUAUAUAAGGAUGAUCUUACUGAUCAUAGUCUCACUCCAAUAAAAAAAUCAAAAUUUCCAUUUCUCUUUUUA